ACUGUAUACCGCCGCCGUGUUCUGACGUCAUAGUCCGCUUAUGCAAGCAAAGAAGGCCAGGCUGUCAUGGCGGUUCUCCAAACACUGUUGACGGGCCACAACAUUACAGCACUACUGAUCGCCGCUGUAGCGUUUCUCGUAUCCUUAGCGUUAUUUUCGAGGUUCAGGGGAAGGAGAGGGAGGGGGGCCAACCUCCCGCCGGGGCCACCGGCAUGGCCCGUGCUCGGGAACCUGCCCAGUCUGGCCCGGAACCCGCACCUUCAGCUGACGGCCUGGCGCGGUACUUAUGGGGACGUCUUCAGCGUGAAGAUGGGGCUACAGGACGCCGUGGUGGUCAGCGGGAAGGACGCUAUCAGGGAGGCCCUGGUCAAGAAGGCCGAGCAUUUCUCCAGUAGACCAGACCUGUUCCUGAUGCGCCGCAACAAGCAGCAAAACGGGCUUGUCAUGUCUCCGUACGGUGACCGGUGGAAGAUCCUCCGCCGAUUCAGCAUGUCCACGCUCCGGUCCUUCGGGAUGGGCACGGGCAUCCUGGAGGAAAAGAUCGACACGGAGUGCCGCCACUUCUGCACCGAACUGGAAACAAAGUCCGGUGAGCCUUUCGACUUCACCCACCUUCUCCACAACGCAGUGUCUAACAUCAUGUGCUCCAUGGCUCUGGGCAAGCGGUUCGAGUACGGAGACCCCCUGUUCCUCCGCCUGAUGGAGAUCUCGGAGCGGGGCGUCGAGCUCUUCGUCACCGCUCACGUCUUCAACAUCUACCCGGUGCUUCGCUUCUUUCCCGUGGUACGAAAACAGUACAAGGAGUGGAUGGAUCUCUCGGAAGAGAGUAUAGAGUGUUUCAUGAACUUCAUUGCACAGCAUGAGGACGGGGAGAGACAAGAGAAGGCGCGUGAUGUGAUCGAAGCGUUCCGAGCAAAGUUGGAGGACGACCCGGGGUCUUUGCCGGACGACAGCCUCCCGCAUCUGCUCGGAGACCUGUUUGUUGCCGGGAUGGAGACGACCGCUAACACGUUACGCUGGGGUCUGCUGUACCUCGCGACGCAUCCCGACGUGCAGGCGAAGGUUCAGGCCGAGUUGGACCGAGUGGUGGGGCGGGAGCGUCCUCCGGCCGUCAGCGACAAGCCCGACCUCCCCUACACGGAGGCAACCAUCCUGGAGUUCCAGCGCGUCCGCACGGUGGUGCCCCUGAACCUCCCGCACUGCACGACCGCGGACACCACCCUCCUCGGCUACGACAUCCCCGCGGGCACGGACGUGCUCGUCAACCUGUGGUCCCUGCACAUGGACCCCGCCCACUGGGACAACCCCGACACGUUCGACCCCAGCAGGUUCCUAGACGACAACGGGCAACUGCAGUUAAACGACUCUUUCAUGCCUUUCUCUACAGGUCGCCGAGUAUGUCUCGGCGAACAACUGGCCAAGAUGGAGUUGUUCCUGUUUCUAACCAACAUGUUACAGCGGUUCACCUUCACUCUGCCAGAGGGCGCUCGACCAAACUUUGACGGUAUCCUUGGAGUGACGCUUCGACCACAACCGUACGAACUCAUAGCAACACGUCGUGAAUGACUGUGACGAAUUAGACAGACACAUGAAUUUAGAAUAUCUUAGCUUGCCGUUAUCUACAGACAAUUGGUGAAAGAACGUUUGAACAUACAUAUCAGUUAGUCUUCUCUUCAACAAUGUACAUAUACUCUUGUUGUCUAAUGUACAGUGGUUAGUGUUCCAUAAAAAUUACUUACUUGAUUGUAAAAGCAAUUAGCCUUCGGGCAUGAUUUUGCGAACAAAGUUUCUUUGUAAGAUCUACUACAACUAUACAUUAAAACAAACGGGUAGAUACAAAUGAAUUAACCUACUUGCAAGUAUAUGUAUAUGAAUAAAUCACUUUUAUUAUGAUUACGUAUGACUUAUACUACUGGUUGUAAGGUCUAAAUAUUAUUUUAAAUAUUUACCUUUUUGUAUAUGGUAAGGGUUAUGUCCUAGAAUGUAAUUGGGUUUAUCUGUUGGAUGUAGUGUUUAAAAUUCUGAUGAG